UUCACAGCUGUUAUUAUCACUUCUGUCAAUAAAAGCCGUCUUCUAAUCAUUUAGAUUAUUACAAAUAUUUACUAUGUCCGCUGCUGUGGAGCGAAUUCAUACGUUAGAUGCUAUAGAAAAAGAUAUAAUAACUUGUUUACAUAGCGCCGGACAAGUUUUUCUGGAGUUAAGCAAAGAUAAAUCGAGUUUGAAACAAGCAGAAAACCACACGCAUACAUUUUUAAAGACAUUGGGGAACGUUGAAAAUAAAUUAACCGAGCAAAUUAACUAUUUGACACAAGUUUCAACUGGUCAACCUCAUGAAGGAUCUGGUUACUCUUCACAAAAAGUGUUACAAAUGGCUUGGCAUAGAUUGGAACAUGCAAGAUCGAGAGUAAAUGAGUUGGAUCGUAUAAAACUUAAACAUAUGCAAGGGAGACCGACUUCGCGACAAGCGCAAAGUGGUUCUAAUGGAAAUGGAGGUGUUGUUACUGUUCCUGCUUCAGCUUCCUCAACUUAAAUAAAUAAAGUUUUUUAAGAUAA